UGCGCAGUGCGUGUGUGCUCCAUGGUGUCUGGUUACAAGAGUGGCUUUGGGAAUUCCCCAGGAAAACACCUACGCAGCCACACGGCCUUUUCUGGGCAAAGUGGACUACAGCAAGCGGCUCACGAGGUGAGCAAUUUGUAGUCGUAUAAUGCUCCGGACAUGGAGGGAAUCUGAGGCUUGUGCAGCAGCGCGUGCCGCUGUUGUUUGGGAAUUCGUCCAGAAAAAGCUUAUUUUCUUCCCCUGAAAACAUCAAUAGUGUCACACCGAAUUUGUCUGGAUAGAAGCGAAAUCGGUGCACCGUCUUGUCGAUUAGUUAGUUGUUUGUUAGCAAAGCCAGUUUUUCUUGUUACGGGUGACAUCAUAACAACGGCCGAUUCAGAUAUAAAUGGAGGGGUCGCAAGCUCUUCACGACGAAUCUCAGAGACAGAAUGCACGGCCUGGACCGAACUACGCGAUGGAGAAACGGGGGGGCAUGGACUCUGUACCGGAGGACUGGUGUGACAGCGGGCUGGACUCUUUAAGCGGAGUCGGACUCGGUUUUGAGGGUUCUUUUACUACUUACGCCGAGGCCGAGCAGAUAUGGACACCUGCUCCGUCAGGUGAGCUCGAAAACAAGACGUCUGUGGGUUGUUUUUCAAUUGGCGGCGGAGAGAGGCUCGAUUCAGCCAUCGGGGACUCGAUUAAUGACGAUGCGGUCGUAGGGAGUCUCUUAGACGGGAUCGGUUCAAUGAUCCUGAGCGAGCCUGCAGGUACAGAUAGACUGGCAGUGUCAAACUCUGAGGAGGGUCGGCAGCGGAGGGAAGAGUUCUUCAACACGCUCAACUUUCUGUCAGAGGAUGGUGACACGGUUCUCCAUUUGGCGCUGAUUCACGAGCAAUGGGGCUUUGUUCAGUACCUGCUUGAAGAAAUUGCUGUGGACAAUAGAUGGACUCCAUACCUGGACAUCCAAAACGACUUGGGACAGACCGCUCUACAUUUAGCAGUCAUUGUAGACCGAAGUGAGUGUGUUCGGGCGCUUUUGUGGAGUGGGGCCAGUGCAGAGCUCCAAGAGAGGGGCGGUAACACACCUUUACACCUGGCUGUAAGAGAGCUUCGCACAGAGUGUGUGAGAGAGUUGACCAGCUGCACACUGACCCCUCUAGAGCACUUGAACGUCACCAAUUAUGCAGGUGUGAGUGCACUGCACCUGGCCGUGCUGAAGGGCAAUUGUGACAUCAUCAGAAUGCUGCUGGAGGCAGGGGCAGAUUCCAAUCAGCCGGAUUUAGGGUCAGGUCGGUCUCCAUUGCACUGGGCGGUAGAAGGUCAGAGGUCUGCGGUAGUGGAGUUACUAUUGAGUGCUGGUGCAGUGGUGAAUCAGCGCUCUUAUGCAGGCCACACCCCACUCUAUUGUGCCCUCUACAGACCUAACAAAGAGGUGCAGGCCCUACUUAGUGCCAGCGGGGCCACAUACACGCAGGAGGAUGAAGAGGAAGAGGAGUACAGAGAGAGUGAGGAGGAGGAGUUUGAUGAUGUCAUAAUUAAUGGACAGCGGGUGCUGUAGCUGUAUCGGACACUACUCUGGAUUUAGACACUUUCAACUCCAGCUGAAACAUUGUGGUGUCUGAGUAUAUUUGGUGGAGGCUGCUGUGUUUGUGUGUGUGUGUGUGUGUGCAUGUGUAAUUUGUUUUAAGGUACAGUAUGAUCUCAGAAUGCUGGUUUGGGUUCAAGCUGAUGGAGUCCAUAGAGAUUUAGGUACAUUUAUGGUGGAUCCAGGUUAUAUGAGCUUGACAUUUUGCAAAAACUUUUAAAAAUGUCUAAAAACAAUAAAAACGGAGGCAGCUUUUCAUUUAGUUAAACCUCUCCUUGCACCGCGUAUACGCUACACACGAGUGGCACAACUGUGAUACUCUGACUAGUGGGUAGAUUCAUUAUGGCUACAACAUGUGUUGAUGCGCCUGAUUAUCACAGAGGCUUUCAUUCUUUAUUUUUUAAAACUAAAUUAUUAGCUGAAUUUAGGUGAGGAAAUCAAGUGAAAAUGAAUGGUUUUUAAUAAACUGGUUAUUGCUUGUUGUUACUUAUAUACCAAAUAUUGGCUGUUUGUUGUGUCUCUAUGGUGACAACCUUUCCAACUAUCCAUUGUGUAUAUUUACAGGGGGUAGCUUUUUUUUUUUUUUUCUUCUUAUAAUUUAGUAGACAUGAGAUAGACAAGAGGUGGAUAUGUUGGAUGGACUGUAGACCAGACAUGGAUGAAGGUGUUCUUUUUAUGCGUAACAAAGAAGAUAUCAGUGUGUACUACAUUAAAGGUGUUUAGUGCACUCUCAGAGGUAUAGUCACCUUAACAACAGCAGCACUGAAUCCCACAAUACACCAAGCCAUUUUACAACAACAAAUUCAGAACUUGAACGCACAGAAAUCGAAACAGACCUAAAUUCCAGAUCUAGGGGUGUUCAAAUCUGAAAUUCAACUAACAGUGAUAUUAUCAUAUUGUUUGAAUUGUAAUGCAUCUAACAAACAUUCCAAAUUACUAGUGGUCGACCGAUAUAUCGCAGAGGCUGGUAAAUCGGCCGAUAUUUGAUAUUUUUAAAUGAUCAGCUAUUAAAUUAUUUUUACAUUUUCCUGUUUGGCCGAUUAGUUUCUUAAGCUGCAAUGACACCGAAAAUCGCCUGCUUGCACGUUAAGGAGCGUCUGAGACAUGUAAAUGACUAAUCACAGUUUUUGUUGUAACGUGCCAUCGUGUUACUAUAAAAAUAGGCUGGUGUGCAAACCUGCAGUAUAAUUAAAUGUCAUACUGACUGUGCACUGUAUAUACAAGUUUGAUUCGGUCUUGUGAAAAAAUCAGAUUACUAAUGUGCACAUACUGUUUGUGUUUGCUGGUUGUUAUUGCCUUCUUCUGACUGUAUUACAAUUUCUUUAUGUGCAAACCAUUAAUAAAAUGGGAAGAAUAAACAGAAAUCAAGAGAAACUGCUAUCUACCAUCCAUAACACACAAAAUCUUAGUUUUUAACCAUUUUAAUUUUUUACCAAGUUUGAGUAAACAUAAUGCUUAAUAAAAGUUUUUUUGUUUUGUUUUUUAGCCAAUUUAUGUAUUUGUCAUUUACUUUUAUAUUAAAUCAUGUGAUAUAUUGACAUUAUAUCGGCCUACUGGCCACCCUUCUCUUUGGAUAUCGGCAUUGACCAUUAAAAAACCCAUAUCGGUCGACUUCUAGAAAUUACAUUAUCGAACGUAUGACAACAGUUUUUGUUUUUGGCUCAUUACAUAAUUUAAAAUACAGAACCGAUUUGACUGAGGUAUUUUUGCAAUUGAUAUAAAAGUGGUGAAUGGUGAUCUGUGUGAUGGCAUGAUGGUUGUGGAUAUUUCCUGUCACCUAUUAAUAGGCCUAUUUAAGAUUUUCUGUUUUCUUUGGGUAGGAAAGUAUAUUUUUAGCCAAUAAUGAUUGGUGCCCUCUGUUGGUGAUAUUGUAUCUCCUGCUUUUUUAAAUUGGUACAGAUAUUCUAAAUCAGGGCUCCUGAUCUACCUGUACUUGUCCUCUGUGAGUUGACUGUAUACUGUUGACAGAAUAAGUGAGGUCCUGUUUUAAAUUACAAGAUUAAUGAGAAUAUGUAAUUAAAGAAUGUCAGGCUUGACCUUGUUCUCUAGGAAACCAGGCCAGAGUAACAGUCAGGGAAAGACAGAAAAAAGAGAUCAUAAAAUUAUAUUUAGAGUGAGGGAAAUUAAUGUGGGUUGAAACGGGUAUAAAUGUCUCAAAGAUAGAGAUUUGCAGUUGAUUUGGGGGCACCUGGAUUUUCAUUUGAAAGCAUCUAAUCUAUGUAUAAAGAAAAAGGCUAUAAAGUGACAGAUGUUUCUCUCCUGUACAUAUUUCUCUUUACUUGGUGAUGGGUGAUGUGAUUUAAAAACCUCUUAAAACCAUUCAAAUGGACAAUAAACAGACAAGUUUAAAUAAGAA